GCCAUUGAUGCGCUUUAUCUCCGAGAGGACACCACCGGGGCUUUCUUUCUUCUCCGUUUGCGGCCGUUUCGCUUCCUCCCGCGCACCGGAGCCCCGGAGCACCGGAGCCAUGGUUUCUCACUCGCUCGCGCUGCCGAUGAUCUGCUUCACCACGCUGUGGGGGCUCGUGGGCGUCGUGGCUCCGUUCCUGGUGCCCAAAGGACCCAACCGGGGUGUGAUCGUCACCAGCCUCAUCCUCACGGCGGUCUGCUGCUACCUGUUCUGGCUGGUGGCCAUCUUGGCCCAGGUCAACCCUCUGUUCGGCCCUCAGCUGAAGAACGAAACCAUCUGGUACCUUCGUUACUUCUGGGAGUAAAGGAGGAGCACCAUGUGACUCCUCCCUGGUCUUCUGGACCUCCUCCUCCUCUCUGAAACAUUCUCAGCUGCAGAUGAAGAGUCUGGCCCUGGUCUCUGGGUGUAAUAUGUCAGAGUGUGUGAGGCGCAUGUUGUGAGUGUUUUGGUGUUUUAUGGUCCGUUGCUGACGAUGACGACUUCCUGUAGGAGUAGCCGUGACCCCCCCACUCUGUUUACAUUGAUUACUUUAUAUUUAUUUGUUUGUAUUUGUGUUUAUUGCGUAACCACCGAAUAUUCAUCUGGACCACGGCCACGAGAACCUCCCCGAGAGAGGGAGUGAGGAGCGAUUUCACAAACACACACACUAACACACUCACACACACUCACAAACACACACCCACACACUCACAAACACACAUACACUCACACACACUCACAAACACACACACACUAACACUCAGACCCCCCCCCCCUUGUCGUUGCCAUGGUGAUCUCGUAGUCCCUCUCUCUCUCCACUCGACCCCUUUUGAUGAAUUCCUGCACGUUGCUUUUAUUUUAUUUAUAUUUGGAAGGAUUUAAGAUAAAUGUGUUUAUAAUAUCCACAUUUUCAUUUUAAUCUUUAAUCAUCCCCCCCCACCCCCCCACACACACACACACACUAUAAACAGAAGAUUAUCCCUCAUUCCCGGCCUCCAUCAAAGGGGAGGCGGCCCAUGCGGAUGAAAGAUUGAGCGGAUAUCAACGGGAAGCUUUUCUUCACAAUUGUUCUUUUUUUUUUGUCUUUCAAGUGUUAAAACAUAUAUGCAAAUGAGGCGUUAUCUUAUCAAAAUAUUCGCACAUUUGCGGAAGUGGAAAAUGCGAACGUUCUUGGAUCAGUUUGUUGACACGUUGGAGUCGAAAAGGUUUUAAAAUGGAGACAUAAAGGAGAAAAAUAUUAAAAUGUAUAUAAAAACUAGGGCUGUCAGCGUUAACGCGUUAAUCUAUGCGAUUAAUUUGGCCGCGUUAACCCACUCAAAUAUUUUAACGCAACUUUGUUUACUUCCGGUGUUCGUUGAAGUUUUUACACUCAAACCGAGUGUCAAACCGCGGCAGUACGGUUUAACACUGUUUUAGUUUUUAAAACAAUUAUUUCUCCGCGAAAAUAAGGAUCAUAAAUGAGUUUAACUCGUGGAUGAAUCAGUCGGGUUUCCUCCUGCUCCUCCUUCCUCCCGUCUCCCCCUCUGAUACUCAGAGGAACGGAGGGGCGACGUGUCGGGUGACGCGGCGCGGAAAGAACUCGUCACACGAAACCUUCACCGUGAUUGGUCAAUCCGUUUGUCUGUCAACAUUUUGGGGAAAAAACAACCAAUGAACACUCAGAAAAUCACAAAGGACCUCCCACCUCACAGGUGAGGCUCAUUUAGCAGCCUGUCAGUCAGAGAGCAGAGAACACGGCACCAGGACAACUGUGCCUCAUUGAAUAGAGCUGAGAUUGUUCUGGAAUGUUUGAUGUAGAACAGGUGGGGGUGUGUCACAUGCAAAAGACUUUAAAAGGUGAAUUUAAAUGUUUUUGUAGAAUGGAGACAUGUCCCCAGCCUCCAGAGGGUUAACAUGACACAUUUGAAUGUCAGUCAGUUUACCAAGGCCACUGGUUCUGCUGUUCAGUGGUAAAGAUGUCCAAUGUGUCUCAAUAUACUUCUUUUUUUUUACUAAUCUGGAUGUUUCACUGAAGAAACAAUUUAUCAUCCACAAUAUUAAAUACCUCACUGGCACUUCAUAGGUAGGAGCCUCUUUGAAAACACAGCUCUGUAAAACUUUUAAUCGCGAUUAAUGAAUUUCAAAAUGUGCGAUUAAUUAGUUAAAUUUUUUUUAAUCAAUUGACAGCCCUAAUAAAAACACAAGAUUUACAGAGCUUCAGAACACGGAGAGGAGGAUGACCCCGGAGUCAGAGACCUCAGCUGCUGCGAGCCGCGACCACGACCGCCUCCUCUCCCCCCCCGCCCCCCCCCCCCCCCCCCCGUCCUCUUCUCUAAAACCACUUUGCUUCAGCCAAAAAUAAUCAAAAUCAAUAUACAGCUACUUUUUAGAAAGACCAAAUUGCGUUGUAUCUUUUCCUCCAGCCCUCUUUGGUAGUCGUGGUGACGGCGUCGCGCUGAAAAAGCUGACGGGCGGCGGCGGCGAGCGAUCGCACCGCAAACGCGAGGCCGUCCUCGCCACGACGCUGAUCGCCAGAUCGCAAAGUGGACUCAGGUCGGAGAAAAGAAACUAAACAUCAGUCCAGACUGCUUUUACUCUCCUGACCACCAGGGGGCGACUCCUCUGGUUGUAUAGAAGGCUAUGCUUCAUGUGUUAAAGCUGCAUUCUCUCUCCUGACCACCAGGGGGCUCCUCUGGUUGUAUAGAAGUCUGCUUCGUGUUAAAGCUGCAUUAUCUCUCCUGACCACCAGGGGGCGACUCCUCUGGUUGUAUAGAAGUCUAUGCUUCGUGUGUUAAAGCUGCAUUCUCUCCUGACCACCAGGGGGCGACUCCUCUGGUUGUAUAGAAGUCUGUAUAAAAUGACUCUACUUCUGACACUUAAUUGUGCUGCGGCGUAGAAGACAAACACAACUCCACAACAAGCUGAUCCAAAAUGUUUUUAUUUUCCUUUUCUUGUGAUGAAUCUGUUCAUAUGAAACUUCCAGCUGUGGCUCAUCUGAUAUCUAUCAGAUGAGAGGUGUGUGUCUGUGUGUGUGUGUGUGUGUGUGUGUGUGUGUGUGUUCAGAGUCCCCGUUGUUACAGAAAACUACUGAGAGCAGAUCUGAUUGGUGGAGAUCUGACAUGUGACCUUGUGUUAGUGUGAAGUCAAAUAAGCUUCUAUGUGAAACACCCAAUAAAAUAUAUUUAAAAACACGUC